AUGAGUUCAGAGUGCUUGGGGAACAUUCUGCGGGUAACACUGAGUGUAGAAUACUUUGAGGACAAAUACUUAUCUUUUUCUGUUGUUGAUCAGUCUGGCAUAGCCUGGGAGCUAGAUGAGGCCAUGGCAGCACAGUGUGGAUAUACAGUAACUUACAGCAAUUGGAGUACCAUGGAGUUUCGUGCUUCUGCACUAAGCUGCCAUUCUCACUUAGAGAAAGAUGUGUUCACAGUAACUAUACAAAUCAAAGCAUCUCAUACUCCUGAUAUGGAAAAUGUUACAGUUCAUCUGAAAAGUGCAAGUUGCCACUAUGAUCCAUGGACUCCAAGAGAGUUAGUAUGUGAAAGUAACUACAUGUCGGUUUCCAUUGGGACGGAGAUUCCACAGACUGUAAAAGAAUUAAUUCAAGACAAAUCUGAGGAUUGGACUCUUGCCUUUCCAGAAGCAAAGGGAGAAGCCUCAAUAUGGCAAAUAGUGUUUCAUCAGCCAGAAGAAAAAAAGGCUCUGCUUGUGAGUGAUGCCUGGAGUGCAGGCUAUGGGCUCAACACCACAGAUACCAGGGUUCUGCUGCGAAUACCAUAUACUGCUGCACAAGUUCAGCUGAUCAAGGAUCAGGGAAUUACCUUUUCUGUGGUGAGAUCAAGUACAUUUUACAAAUAUCAGUGGAUGAUCCUGAUGGUGGAUACUGCUGUGGCAUGUGCUGUAGAUGGUGUGGACUACACAAACAAAACAAUCAUCUGGACUGUUCCAAAGUAUAUUCCACUGCUCUCCACUGGAGAGACUAGCUUUAAGGAUGUUCUUGUGGAAGUUGGUGUGGAUCUACACAAACUCUCUACAGAAGAAAUGGCUUCCAGGAAAUAUGUGUUAUUGAAUGACUUAAAUGCAAUUACAAUGAAGAUUCCUGUAGGUGCCAAAGGUGGCUAUUACAAGACUUCUGUGACCAAUGGACAAUUUGGGGCAAAAUAUACCAUCAACCUAUUCUUGGAACAGCAGUGGGAAGAUAACAAAUGGGGACGAACCAAACAUACUAUCAUCAAGGAAAUAGAAACACCAUUUGAACAAGUAGAACUUUCUAUAACCAACAACUCAAACCUGAGUGCCAGGCUAAUGAAUGUGACAGUAGGAACAUUCCUCCCAGAUGUGGAGCUUGUGACCUUAACCAUUGAGGGUGUAACUGUUGCUGUACCUGAAGCUGUUCAGCAAGGUUAUCUAAUAUACAGCAUGAGAUAUGCUAAUGGAAGCAAAGCCUACAUAAUAGAAGUCCCACUUGAUGCACCAAGUGUUAAAAAAGAGUACAUGAGAGCGGACAUGAGAGCAUACACCCUGAAUAUCACACUUGCAUUCAUAACCCAUCCAUCAAGUGAGAACUUCAUUGUCCCAGUCAUUGCACUGUCAACUCUGAAAGAUGCAGUACUGCCCAGUGCGAGAGGAUUUUGUGAUGGGAGGAACCUUCAUCUCAUUAUCACUCAUGGGAAUGUGGACCAAAACUGGCUACCUUUCAUCUCAGACUGGCACCUGACGCCAGAGGCUGCACGGAAGUACAACUACAGUCUGAGGGACAAUGGCACUCACUUGGCUGUCUCUGUGCCUUUCCUUUCUUCCCACGUGAACUAUGAGGGCAUUCAUACCUCUGGAAUAAAGGCUUCACUCUACUUAACCUUGAAGGAUGGCAUCACCUUGGCUAAUAGGAGGGACUUCUCAGUUUCCUGCAGAUUUUCACCUUCAGAGCUAAUACAGUGUCUGCCCAAUGGCACUGUGAUUAUUACUGCAAUAAAACUGGUGGGUGUUGCAGACCUGGACACCAGUCUGUUUGUCUUGAGGGACAGACGGUGCAAACCCAGUCUAGUGACAGAGAAGACUGCAACCUUCAAGUUCAAUGUAAACACUUGUGGAACAAACAGAAAGUUCAACAGUACAACUAUGGCGUAUGAAAAUGAGGUACUCUAUUUCAGACCUGGCAAUGAUACACCAGCAUACCAACUGAAAUUUGUAUGCUGGUAUGCAAUCAAGCAGACUAUUGAUGUCCAGUAUGAAUCUAAGAACCGCCCACUACCUAGUAUUAAGCCAGGGAUUGGCUCGCUUGCUCUUUCAUUGACGCUUUUCAAAGAGAAAUCCUUUUCAGAGCCCUACCAGGAAUUGGAAUAUCCUGUGGUAAAAUACCUGAAGGAGGCCCUGUAUUUUGAAGUUGAACUGCUCCAGCCUAAAGAUGCAAGACUGGACCUAAACCUGUAUAACUGUUGGGCUACAAACUCCCAAAGGCAGGACAGCCUUCCACAGUGGCCCAUCCUUAUAAAUGGGUGUGAAAGCAGCCAAGAGUCCUACAGAACUGUCUUCCAUGAAGUUAAUUAUAGCCUCAGAGUAAAAUUUCCUCAGCAUCUAAAGAGAUUUGAAGUGAGGAUGUUCACCUUUUUACAGAGCUCAACUCUGUUACAAGAGCAGCUGUAUUUCCACUGCAGUGUGGUGAUCUGCAACACUAAGCAACAGCCUUCAGACUUUCUGUGUCCAAGGAGAUGCAAUCCUGGGAAGCAGAGACCUG